CGUCUCUCCCGCUCCAGCAACAUGUCGGAUGCCCUGGCCAAUGCCGCGUGCCAGCGCUGCCAGGCCCGCUUCGCCCCCUCUGAGCGGAUCGUCAACAGCAACGGGGAGCUGUACCACGAGCUCUGCUUCGUGUGCGCCCAGUGCUUCCGGCCGUUCCCCGAGGGACUCUUCUACGAGUUUGAAGGCCGGAAGUACUGCGAACAUGACUUUCAAAUGCUGUUUGCUCCGUGCUGCGGAUCUUGCGGUGAGUUCAUCAUUGGCCGCGUCAUCAAGGCCAUGAACAACAACUGGCACCCGGGCUGUUUCCGCUGCGAGCUGUGUGACGUGGAGCUGGCAGACCUGGGCUUCGUGAAGAACGCGGGCAGGUGA